CCACGCGACCUCGUGCCGGAAGUUGACAUACUUGCUGAUCCGAUCCGAUCCGAUGACACGUGAAAGUCACCGGUAGAACAAUUACAGUGUGUCACAGCAGGGUGUAUUUUUAAUUUUCCGAGAUAGGCAAACACAAAUAUGCGUUAAACAUGCUUACGGUGUAUUAUAAAGCAGCUCCGUAUUUAUGGCAGCGAUAGUAGCUAGUUUGUUACGGUGCUAGCUAGCAAACGCGUUCGACAGCUGCCUUUUAAUUACCGUUAACUGCGUUUAUACCAGCAGUUAUCUAGUUAAUUUCCUGAAAAUACAGGCAGCUCUGUAAGAAUCAUUUUCUGUGCAAGCUUUUCCUCCGUCCUCGUCAGUUGAAACAGUGUACAGAUGGCAAGGAGCCUCGGUCGAACAAUCAAGGGCUUUCAACGCCUCGGCUCACACUCUCCCAUACUGACUCAACUCAGCCAUCCGACCAGCGUUUCAGCCAGGACCACCUUUGUACGGACCAUGGUGGCGCUGCCAUCGCCCUUUUCCUCCAAGCCACGGGACUUCAGCUUGCCGAACUCCUCAUGGGGCUCAGAAAUGACGCGGUUGUACGAGCAUUAUAACAGCCAGUGUGAGGUGGAGACAGAGAGAGGUGAGAAACAGGAAGGGCCGUGGAGGAGACUGCCAAGCUACAAUCGCCUCCUCAAGUAUGCUACAGGUGGAGUGUAUCUUAGUAAAAUAAUCCAGUCAAAAGCUCGUCUUUUUACCCGGAACAUCAGAGACCCGGGGGCAGCAUUUGAGUAUGUUUUGUUUGUUAACAGUGAGGAGCAGAAGUGUGUGUGCAUUUUCCAGGCUGGACACCUACUGGAGGGGCCACCAGGACAUGUCCACGGGGGGGCGAUAGCCACUAUGAUUGACACUGUGACAGGUACUCAUGCUGCUCUGCUCUCUGGAGCUGUUAUGACUGCCAACCUCAACAUCAACUACCGCAGCCCCAUCCCACUGGGAAGCACAGUGCUGCUUGAAUCCUCUCUGGAUAAGAAGGAAGGCAGAAAAACAUUUAUUUCAUGUAAAGUGACCAGCACCGAUGGCUCCAGAGUGCACACAGAAACAACAGCACUGUUCCUGUCAAUCAAUGUCAGCCACCUACUACUGGGAGCAUGACGCAAACGCACCAGCCUACGACCUACCCAAGCACUGUCAGCAAGCUGAGGCCACGACGAGUGUGUGCGAAUGUGUGUGUGAGUGUGCCAUUGAUUUGGAGUAUUUUUUGUGGAGUGUGUACUUACUUGCCAGGUGAUUUAAGAGAUAACUUCUCUAAAUAUGACAUUGUUUAACACAAACCUUUUAUCCUAAUAUUCAUGCAUCUCUUAAAUCACCAAUAUGUUAUUUCUAACAAACAGUAUAGUUAAUGAAGUACCUUUACAUCACUACCUCUGCUUAGUGUUACUAACACAUCAACAAUACAUAUCUAAAUUUAUUGAACUAAAUGUUAAGGAAUAUUUAUUGUAACUUUAACAAAAUUGAUGGUUUUAUGGGGUAGGUUUAUUUUGUUUCCUCCAAUAAAGCCUUACCCAUUGGUAUUGUAUAAAA